AUGAAGCUGGUCGGUAUAUCUGUUCUUGCCGUGGUAUGCCUGCUUGUAGCCGGUGUCACGUGUAACUACGGCGGGUAUUAUCCAGUCACUCCACAAAGAAACCAAGGGGGCUGGUGGGGACUUUACUACACCAUCGCCCUCGCCUGUUGUGUCGGCCUCGCCCUUGCCGACUGGGAUGCCCUCGGAUACGGUAGCAGCUACGGGUAUGGCGGAAUUGGAGCAGGUUACCAUGGAUACGGACAGGCCAGCUACGUCCCUGUUCCAUACUACCCAGGGGGCGGGGCUAAGGGAGGAAUUGGUAAUGGAGGCAUCAUUGCCAUGAUUGGAAUGUUGUUCUUGCUGUUGACCUUGUUUGGUUCCAACAGCAACCAGGAUAAUAUCAUUCUCCUUAACUCAACAUUGGAAGGUAGCGCCAUGACUUUGCUUAGAACCGCCGCUGUUGUCCUGAUUGUAGGACUUGUCUACAAGUAUUACAGUGCUGACAACACGAAUAAACUGUCUACACUGAAAGAAAUUCCUGAUGAUGAGUACGAUUACGUCAUUGUUGGUGCUGGCUCGGCAGGUUCCGUGAUUGCGGCGAGACUUUCCGAAGAUAAACAGUCUAAAGUGCUCCUUCUUGAAGCCGGCGGGCAUUAUGACCAAAGUGAAAAUUUUCACAUUCCCGGUAUGUGGGCAGUAUCUCAACAGACAAAGUACGACUGGCAGUUUUAUACGGAACCACAAAGCCAAUCUUCACAGGGUCUGAAAGAGAAACGAGGAGUCUGGUCGCGUGGGAAAGUUCUUGGAGGUAGUAGCAUUUUAAACGCAAUGCAAUACACACGUGGGAGUCCUUUUGAUUUUGAUGAAUGGGCAGCUGCUGGCUGUGAGGGAUGGGGUUUUAAAGAUGUUCUGCCGUACUUUCUGAAGGCAGAAGAUAUACAGAUAGAUGAGUUCGAAACAUCUAAAUAUCAUAGUAAAGGUGGCCCUUUGGCUGUCACACACGGGUACCUGUCACAGUUAACCCAUGUGUAUUUGAGGGCCGGACAAGAGCUGGGUUACAAUAUAACAGAUUAUAAUGGAGAAGAUCAAGAAGGAUUUAGCAUAGUACAAAAGAAUAUAAGGAAGGGUGUUCGUAGCAGCACUAGCUUAGAAUAUUUAGGAAGGGCGAAUGGACGUGAAAACUUACAUAUUUCUAUUAACAGCUUGGUAACCAAAGUAGAAAUCGCAAAUAAGCGUGCUGAGGGCGUUUUCUUUAUAAAAGAAGGCAAGAAAAGGUACGUAAAAGCUAGAAAAGAAAUCGUUAUAUCAGCAGGAGCCGUAAAUUUUCCUCAUUUGCUCAUGUUGUCUGGAGUUGGGCAAGAGAAACAUCUGGCCGAGAUGGAUAUUCCGCUUGUUGCUAACCUACCAGUCGGCGAAAAUCUACAAGAUCAUCAGAUGGUGUUUAUGUACAGCAAUAUAAACAAACCAUUCAGUACAACAGUAGAUGUAGUUACAAGCUGGUGGACAUGGCUCAAGUACAACCUUUUAGGUGAAGGACCUUUGUCAUACGCUGGGCUUGACGGAUCUGCAUUUUUACAUCUUGACAAGAAGAAAAAGGGGAAAAUGUACCCGGACAUUCAGAUAGUUUUCUUUUCCUUUCUUUUCCGGGAUAAUAUUUUUAACUUAAGUUUUUUAGAAAAGAAUGGGAACAAGCAUGGAUUUACGACAGAUAUUUGUUUGACACGUCCAAAAAGUACAGGCCGUAUAACACUUAGAAGUAAAGACCCUUUUGAUUAUCCUAAAAUCGAUUCGGGUUAUCUAACAGAUAAAGCCGAUGUUGAGACAUUUAUAGGCGGGAUAAGAAUUUGGGAAAAACUAACGGAAACGAAAGCUUUUCAGGAUCUAGGUGUCGACGUCAACCAAAUGCAAAAGGAAUUCUGCUCUGCCUAUAAAUUUCGUUCGGAUGAAUAUUGGGAAUGUGUCGUCCGCCAUGUUGCACUAACGGAAUACCAUCACUCGGGUACAUGUAAAAUGGGUGCGGUGAACAAUCCUACAGCUGUUGUCGAUCCUGAACUUAGAGUCAAAGGUAUUAAAGGUCUAAGGGUAGCCGAUGCAUCUAUAUUUCCAAACGUUACCUCGGGAAAUACAAACGCACCGACAAUAAUGGUAGCUGAGAAAGCGGCAGAUAUGAUUCGUGGAAAAGACACUGUGAAGAAAUUCAGACUUAAAUAA